UCUCCUACCGGGGUUGGCCUCAACUCUUCCCGGCUUUCUGGGCGCUGGUCACCCUCCCGAGUGCCUGCGUCCUGCUCGCCCUCCCGUGUCCGCAGCUCGGUUACCCCGUCUCCGCCCGGUGGGCCCCGCAGUUCUGGGGACAUUGCCCCUUUAACAGCUGUCCGGGUCGCUGCCUAGCCCUUCUCGGGACGGCGCGCGCCCGCCCGCCCAACCGCGCGCGCGCGCCCGCCGGUCCCCCGCCCCUCGCUCCCGCCCCAGCUCGUGCUGCCCGGGCGGGCGCCGGCCGCUGGCGCCGCUACUGCUGCCGCCCCCGGGGCGCGAGUCCGCCGCCCGCCGCCCGGGGACCCGGCGAGGGGCGGGGGCAGCCCCGAAGCGGCCCCGGAUUGCCCCCGCUCCCGCCUCACGCUUCACGGGAAGUUUGUCCCUUUGCACUCUGCCCAGCCGCUCCGGGAGCCCCGCCGCGACGAGAGAGGUGCCAGGCCCGGGGCGGCCGUCGGUUGGCUGGACCGGAGGACACUGUCCGCAUGGCCGCCCAGAAAGGCCGGGACGGGGGCCUGUGUGAAAACUUCUGGGGUUUCCCCUACAGCCCCAGCUGGCGUGGCCAGGCCCCCAGUGUAGGAUGGGGCUCCUCCUACGAGGGCCGGUGGCAGCCAGAACUGAUACAGCCCCCCUGGUCUGGGGCCAGGACACCAGCUGAGGAGGGUGGGAGUAUCUGGAGCCAUGGCUGGCGCCUCGGUGAAAGUGGCAGUGAGGGUUCGGCCCUUCAACGCCCGUGAGACCAGCCAGGAUGCCAAGUGUGUGGUCAGCAUGCAGGGCAGCACCACCUCCAUCAUCAAUCCCAGACAGAGCAAGGAUGCCCCCAAAAGCUUCACUUUCGAUUACUCCUACUGGUCACACACUUCGGCCGAGGACCCCCAGUUUGCAUCUCAGCAACAGGUGUAUCGGGAUAUUGGAGAAGAGAUGCUGCUCCAUGCCUUUGAAGGCUACAACGUGUGCAUCUUUGCCUAUGGGCAGACGGGGGCUGGGAAAUCCUACACCAUGAUGGGGCGGCAGGAGCCAGGGCAGCAGGGCAUCGUGCCCCAGCUCUGUGAGGACCUCUUCUCUCGUGUUAGUAAGAACCAGAGUGCUCAGCUAUCCUAUUCUGUGGAGGUGAGCUACAUGGAGAUCUACUGUGAGAGGGUACGAGACCUCUUGAACCCCAAGAGUCGGGGCUCUCUGAGGGUCCGAGAGCACCCCAUCCUGGGCCCCUACGUGCAGGACCUGUCUAAAUUGGCUGUGACCUCUUACGCAGACAUUGCUGACCUCAUGGACUGUGGAAAUAAAGCGCGGACUGUGGCCGCCACCAACAUGAAUGAGACCAGCAGCCGUUCCCACGCCGUCUUCACCAUUGUCUUCACGCAGCGCUGCCACGAUCAGCUCACUGGACUGGACUCAGAGAAAGUCAGUAAGAUCAGUUUGGUGGACCUUGCUGGCAGUGAGCGGGCUGACUCCUCCGGGGCCCGGGGCAUGCGCCUGAAGGAAGGCGCCAACAUCAAUAAGUCCCUGACCACUCUAGGGAAGGUGAUCUCGGCCCUUGCGGAUAUGCAAUCAAAGAAGCGGAAGUCGGAUUUUAUCCCUUACAGGGACUCUGUGCUCACCUGGCUGCUCAAGGAGAAUCUGGGUGGGAAUUCACGCACAGCAAUGAUUGCGGCCCUGAGCCCCGCGGACAUCAAUUACGAGGAGACUCUUAGCACCCUCAGGUACGCCGACCGCACCAAGCAGAUUCGCUGCAAUGCCAUCAUCAACGAGGACCCUAAUGCCCGGCUGAUCCGCGAGCUGCAGGAGGAGGUGGCCCGGCUGCGCGAACUGCUGAUGGCCCAGGGGCUCUCCGCCUCUGCCCUGGGAGGCCUGAAGGUGGAUGAGGGGAGUCCCGGAGGUGCUCUGCCAGCUGUAUCGUCUCCCUCUGCCCCAGCUUCGCCCUCGUCCCCCGCAGCACACAACGGGGAACUGGAGCCAUCGUUCUCCCCCAGUGCCGAGCCCCAGAUUGGGCCUGAGGAGGCCAUGGAGAGACUGCAGGAGACAGAGAAGAUUAUAGCUGAGCUGAAUGAGACCUGGGAGGAGAAGCUACGUAAGACGGAGGCCUUGAGGAUGGAGAGAGAAGCGUUGCUGGCUGAGAUGGGGGUGGCUGUCCGGGAAGAUGGGGGAACCGUGGGCGUCUUCUCUCCAAAGAAGACUCCACACCUGGUGAACCUGAAUGAAGACCCCCUGAUGUCUGAAUGUCUGCUCUACCACAUCAAAGAUGGUGUCACCAGGGUCGGCCAGGUCGAUGUGGACAUCAAGCUGACUGGGCAGUUCAUUCGGGAGCAGCACUGUCUGUUCCGGAGCAUCCCUCAGCCAGACGGAGAAGUGGUGGUCACCCUGGAGCCUUGUGAAGGAGCCGAGACCUAUGUCAACGGGAAACUUGUGACUGAGCCUGUGGUGCUGAAGUCAGGGAAUAGGAUUGUGAUGGGCAAGAACCACGUUUUCCGCUUCAAUCACCCGGAGCAGGCGCGGCUAGAGCGGGAGCGAGGGGUCCCCCCGCCCCCAGGACCGCCCUUCGAGCCCGUCGACUGGAACUUUGCCCAGAAGGAACUGCUGGAGCAGCAAGGCAUUGAUAUCAAGCUGGAGAUGGAGAAGAGGCUGCAGGAUCUGGAGAACCAGUACCGAAAAGAAAAGGAGGAGGCUGAUCUUCUGUUGGAGCAGCAGCGGCUGUACGCGGACUCUGACAGCGGGGACGACUCUGACAAGCGCUCCUGCGAAGAGAGCUGGCGGCUCAUCUCGUCCUUGCGUGAGCAGCUGCCGCCCACCACGGUCCAGACUAUCGUCAAGCGCUGCGGCCUGCCCAGCAGCGGCAAGCGCAGGGCCCCCCGCAGGGUGUACCAGAUCCCCCAGCGACGGCGGCUGCAGGGCAAAGACCCCCGCUGGGCCACCAUGGCCGACCUGAAGAUGCAGGCAGUGAAGGAGAUCUGCUACGAGGUGGCCCUGGCCGACUUCCGCCACGGGCGGGCCGAGAUCGAGGCCCUGGCUGCCCUCAAGAUGCGGGAGCUGUGCCGCACCUACGGCAAGCCUGAGGGGCCCGGGGACGCCUGGAGGGCCGUGGCCCGGGAUGUCUGGGACACGGUGGGCGAGGAGGAAGGCAGCGGAGGUGGAGGUGGCGGCAGUGAGGAGGGAGCCCGCGGCGCAGAGGUGGAGGACCUCCGGGCUCACAUCGACAAGCUCACGGGGAUCCUGCAGGAGGUGAAGCUGCAGAACAGCAGCAAGGACCGCGAGCUGCAGGCCCUGAGGGACCGCAUGCUUCGCAUGGAGAGGGUCAUCCCCCUGACCCAGGAUCACGAGGAUGAGAAUGAAGAAGCCGGUGAGGCCACGUGGGCUCAGCCCCAAGGGUCUGAGGCAGCGGAGCAGGAAGCCCCCAGUGACCGAGCACCUCCCGCGCGGCCCUCCUCGCCGCCCUUGUCGAGCUGGGAGCGGGUGUCGAGGCUGAUGGAGGAGGACCCCGCCUUCCGUCGGGGGCGCCUUCGCUGGCUCAAGCAGGAGCAGCUGCGGCUGCAGGGACUGCAGGGCUCCGGGGGCCGGGGCGGGGGGCUGCGCAGACCCCCCGCCCGCUUCGUGCCUCCUCACGACUGCAAGCUGCGCUUCCCCUUCAAGAGCAACCCCCAGCACCGCGAGUCCUGGCCGGGGGCGGGGGCCGGGGAGUCUCCAAUGCCACCCCAGCCCCCUGAGGAGCUCACCCCCUCUCUGGCCACCCCUGCCCGCAGGCCCCCAAGUCCCCGCAGGUCCCACCGUCCCCGCAGGAAUUCCCUGGACGGAGGGGGCCGGUCCCGGGGAGGGGGUUCUGCACAGCCCGAACCCCAGCACUUCCAGCCCAAAAAGCACAACUAUUAUCCCCAGCAGCCCCAACCAUACCCAGCCCAGAGGCCCCCAGGGCCCCGCUACCCCCCAUACACUACGCCCCCGCGGAUGAGACGGCAGCGCUCAGCCCCUGACCUCAAGGAGAGUGGGGCGGCCGUGUGAGUCCCACAUCUUGGCCAGAGAGGUCCUGGCGGAGCCCCUCGCUGGGAGGAGAUGCUGCUUCCCCAGAAGCCCUGGGGCAGGAGGCCCUAGAGACCAGAGAGAAGGUCCGAGUAGGUGAUAGAAGAUGUAGGGGUAACUGGGCCGGAGGCUGAGGGAGGAAGGAAUAGGGCACGGAGCUGCCAGGAGCGAACCAAAGUGAAGGAGAGUGACGGGAAGCUGCCUCGGGGCUGCCCCUUGUGGGGGGGGGGGUCCCACAAACGCUGCUAGGGUGGGUGGGGGGCUGGGGUGCCGCGUAGUCGGUGUUUGACUUUCUUUUCAAGUGGGGGCAAAGGGGAGAGAACCUAGAGGGGGGUAAGGUCUCCCCGCUCCUGGCCCUGUCUGUCUGUCCGUCUGUGGUGGGUUUCUGUUUCCAGGGAGGUGUGGUGGGAUCAUAAGUCAUUCCUCUCCCCUUUCAGGCCUCCUGCUAUAUUUGGGGGACCUGUCUGGCGUCUGGUUUGCCUGGGGUCCCUGAGGAUGUGGGACCUUUCAAUAAAGGACGGAAAACAGAGGGA